UUUAACUACAAUGGCGGCGGAGAAGGAAAAACAGCUAAAGAAGCGUUUGAAUCAGUUCCUUGGAGAGCUGCUCCAGACUGGAUCAAUCAAUGGAUUUCGUCACUUUGUCAUGUAUAUGCGGGGUAGAGAAGAAAUGAUGAUCAGCGUUAUGAAUGAACCAGGAGUGCCAUAUAACAGCUACACCAAUGAACCAGUCCCUAGUCAUGGUGAACAACAACCUAGGACAUCCUCCUGCUCAAACAGUCUCACAUCCAGCAAUCUGCCCUAUGAUAAGAGAUCUCUAUUGCUGUCUGCAAGGACACAGUUGAAUCUGAGUGGUCUCGGGGACCAGGGUGUUGGCCUACCACCAGCCUCCCCUAGUGACAGGGAAAUAUCGAUGGCAGAUGAAAAUUCCACUCUAUUCCUCAUAGCAGGAUACAGUCGCUACAAUAACCCAUAUGUCUGGGUGAGAGCCAACCAUGCAAGACUGGCCAAAUAUCUAGAUGGCAAUGCAGACAAUGAUAGCCCUUUGAGACUCAAGUCAACUCUACAGUGGGCUCAAGAAGAUAUAAAACUGUGGGAUAUUUUAGCUGAGCUGGUGAAACUAUGCACCUACCCUCCACCUAUAAAUCCUUUUGAAGUGGAUUUCGACUACUUUGAGAAUCUCCCUGCACAGGAGCAGGUGUUGGCAAGUGGUGCUAUGAUCAGCUUCUUACAAAAAGUAUUCAGCCAUAGGCAACAGGAUAAACCCUACACUGCUCAUGUGCUGAAAGAUCUGAAUAAACUAACAGAGUUCCACUUCAAGACAGUGGCUUCUUUGCUUCAACAAGGUGCUAUACCCUUGGCAGACAACUACCGUCCAUUUCACAAACCAAAUACAUUCCCUGAACAUUCCAAUAGGAUCUCAAGCUCCAAUCCGAAUAGUUUGAGUGGUGGUACACAUGGACUACAAGGGUAUAAAUUCAGUACAGGGAUGAUAUAAACUAUUAAACU